GAUGCCCUUAUCUCUAUCGCUAACGAGGAUGAUCUCCAAAUCAUGCUAGAGGAACUCGAACGCCUUUCCGCCUUGCCUGAUCCUUCUCGCAUCCGGUUGUUCCUCUUCCCCGUCAAGCCCUGUCCGAUGGUUUGCACCGAGUCCAAUCUUUCAGAGUCAGAGCAACCAAUCAUGCACCGGCGAGAGGGAAACGAAGGCGUUCUUGGCUUGGUGCUGGCCGGUGCUGAGUUGACUCGGACUGAGUUGAGUCAGGUCCAGUCCAGCAGGAGCGAGUUGAAUCACCCGAAGACGGAGAGUUGGUUUGUCGAUGCAUUGAGAACUGCGAAAAUAGUGCAGAAGGGAGAGAAUGGGGUGGCAGGCUUCGGGGCUGAGGGUGGUGGGAGUGGCCAGGGUGAAGGGAACAGUCUCUGUGGGCAGGAAUCUAUUGUAUUGGAGACGAGUUCUUCUUUUGGGUCUACUUCGUCCACUGUUUCUUUCUCGAACUUGCCCCCAGUCAAGGGUCCUGGUGAGGAGAAUGGGCUGCAGUUCCAGGAUUGUAAACCCAAAUUGCCUUUACCAGAAUCAAUUGCAAGUGAUAGCAUUAGCAAUGCUACAAGUUACAUGUCUUGUGCUCAGACUGGAACUAGUCAUCAAGAAUCAGUUGUCCCAAUUGCUGCAAUGGAGAGUAAGAUAUCUGCUAACCCAUAUGAAUCAGACAGUAAAAUUCCUGAUCUUCCCUUUGGCAUCCAUUUACAUCCAUCAGUUCAAUUUUGUGGGUAUGCUGCAAAUCCACAAUUGAAUCUGCCUCAGCAACAAAAUGUGCAGAUUGUUCAUGCUAGUAGUCAUUAUGGUCCCCAAAACCCAACUGGUGUACUGCCAAUGACAUCUUAUAUUCCGGUGUAUCAUCCAGUCAUCCAGCAGCAACAGUCCCAUUAUCAAUCCAAUCAGCCUUGCCCACUGUACUAUUUGCCUGUUCCACAGUCUCAACAAUACAAUUACCCUGUGCAAUGUGGUCUGGUUCAUUCAUCAUUUGCCUCUGCUCAGCCUCAAAUGCAUUCAAAUGCUCCAGGAAUCCCUCCCCAGCUGGUUUUGAAGGAGGUUGGAGUCACACCUCCACCUGUACCUGAGUUAACCUCACAAGCACACAGAAAUGUCCCAACAGCAAACCAAAUAGUUCAUGUGAGUUAUAGGAAGACUGAACAGGAUCCUAUCCCUUCUCAAAUUCAUCACCAACCUCAAUCAUUUGCAGUUGCUAGUGGUGAGUCAACAAAUUACAACAAUGAACCUGAUGAUGACCCUGCUCGCAUCCUAAUAUACAAAUCUCAGCCUCCACCACCAACAUCGCCCUCUCAUUAUCAAACCAUGAACAAAGUCCCUACAGCACUCUUAUCUGAGCCCUUGGCACAGUUGCAUACCAAUGACGUUAAGCAACAGAUCAGAACAUUGGAACCAUAAUGAGUCUAUGACAAAAGGGGAACAAUUUUGGUAAUGGUGUCUCAGUAACUUUGAUCUUUCUGUCUGUUUGUUAUUGAAAGAGAUAGCUUGGUCUUCCUGGUUUACCCUUAUUUGCUUUCUUAUGUGUUAGCUUGAAUGUUGUUAACAAUUCCAAUUGGUUUUCUUUCUUUCUUUUAUCUUGUUUAUCCUUUGCUUUGAAUGUGCUUGAGAUGAUACCGUAGAAGCUCAAUAAAUUUGUUCUCUGCUUGUUUGAAGCGUCAGUGCUUCAGUUAAUGUAAGUUAAUGUAAUGUUAAAUGCCAUGUUUAUCAAUGCAUAAGUUUUGUUUAUUACUAGUAAACUUUUCUCCUCUAC